GAGUGUGUAUUUUGAUGUAAUGUACGAUGUUUUAUUUAAAGGUAAAAAUUCCCUAAAAGACGAGUGGGAAUCUCUAAAAGGACAGAUUCAAGUUCUAGAACAGACACACAAUCCAAGCGACGGCGACGCCGAAAACCAUUUCGACAUGGAUGAAUCAAAUAACGAGGGUAGCAAUAUGCACGAAGAUCUUGAGCAUAUCGAGGAAGCCGAAAAUCAUUUAUUCGAAAGUGAGAAAUUUGAGUCACAGAACACGCAGCAACUCCUGGACUAUAAUUUAGUGAAUUCUACCACACUUAAUUCAAAAGUCGAAGAGCACAAAGGUGUGUCACCUUCUAUACGAGUUCCAAAAACAUCGAGGUUCAGAAGACACGGUGGGCUUGAACCAACUUUAAAAAAAAGUCUUGCGAAAUUGGAUUUUUUUGUGGAUUCCAACACUGGAGACGUCCCUGAGUAUUUUGCAACAAAAAUUAAAAUAAUCCAUCGAGGGAUUUUUGAAAAAAGUAAUUUUUAGUAUAUCCAUCGUGAAUUGUGUAUACAAGCAACUUAAAAAAAUGUACCAAAUCAAAUUUAAUUUCAACUUUCAUGAGUGUACUAUAGCAUUUUGGA